AUGGCACAAACCGAUACAAUAAUGAGAGGUUCAAUACAUGAUCUAGGUGCGCUCUAUCGAUUCACCUCAGGGCGAUGGCUUUGGGGGGAACGAGAACAGCUUGCAGCGCGUUACGUCAAAUUCGACUUGCAGAAGCUCUGUCGACUUGCCGCUAGUUCGAUUGGCUCAGAUUCUUGUGCGAAAGCUGUGAAGAUCGCUGAGGGCCAAUACAACAAAGUUUUAUUGUUGACCAUGAAUGACGGGAAAGAGGCUAUCGCGAAAUUGCCCAACCCUAACGCUGGACGACCUCACUUCACCACGUCCAGUGAGGUUGCUACCAUGAACUUCCUGAGAAGUGCCCAUCUUCCGAUUCCUCAAAUCUAUGCGUGGAACUCUGGACUAGUAGACAAUCCUGUUGGAGCCGAAUAUAUCAUCAUGGAAAAGCAACCUGGUAUCGUUUUGAACGAUUUGUGGGACAAUAUGGAGGGUCCGCAAAAGGCUGAAAUUUUGAAGCAGGUCAUUGAGAUCGAGAAAAAACUUGCUUCGAUCAAAUUCACCAAGUUUGGGGGUUUAUAUUAUAAGCAAGACCUACCUCAAUCUGACAGCACCACCCCGUUGUAUAUCGAUGGAAACGGUAACGCAGUACAUAGCGCCGAGUUCGAGAUUGGACCGACUAACCAUCGGUCCUUCUUCGAUUUUGGGAGAGGCGCAUUAGAUAUCGAUCGUGGACCAUGGUCUACAAUUGAGAAGUACGUCGCCGCAGUCGCCUAUAGAGAGAUCGCCUGUGUUGAGAAAGGGCUCAAAUACCCUAGAAUGCCCGAAGGACUCUUUUACGGACCAAGACAAUACCAACCUAGUACAUCGACCAAGAUGUCGGCUUUAAACAACUAUUUGAAGGUAGCCCCAUAUGUCUUACCCGAGGAAGAAGUAACGCAUGCCGCUGUUCUUUGGCAUGGCGAUUUGCAUACGCAAAAUAUCUUCGUUGACCCAGAAAACCCAGCUCGAAUCAUUGGCAUCAUUGACUGGCAAACCAUCAGCGCAUGCCCACUUUUCUCGCAAGUUACCCGCCCUGGCUUUCUGGAUUUCAAUGGCCCAAUCCCUAAGGAUCUGGGUAAAGUCAGCCUCCCCGAAAACUUCGAUAGAUUGUCUCCAGAUGAACAACGUGAGGCAAAGGCAUUGCAACAAUCUCAGACGCUUCACAAUAUCUACAUGGUCCGAUGUUAUCGACAAAACCCUCAAGUGUUCCUGGCCAUGCAACAGAAAGACAGUCUACGCCACCAGGUUACCGUGGUUCCAGGCACAGUUCUGAUGGACUACGAAACGUACCUCAACAACCUUUUGAGGGAUGUCGAGAAAGAAUGGCUAAAGAUUGUGGGUCAAGGAUCUGAUGGGCAUCCCUUGAGGCCGUGCCCACUCCACUUUUCGGCCGCCGAGGUUGAGCAACAGGAAAAGGAUGAGGAGCUGUGGGCUCAGGGCGUCGAGCUGAUGAAUAACUUCAUUACUGACGUAGGAGGCUUCAAACAUUGGGAUGGCAGGGUCAGUAACGAGGAUUACGAGACUAUAAGAGACCAACUGGCUAGUGGCAUCCAGCAAUUUCUGGAUCGCGAGGCCAGAAGUGCGGAGGAGCGGGAUGCAUGGCUGAAAGCAUUGCCAUUUGUCAAUGACGAAUAG